AUCGGUGAAGGCUACUCGACAUCACGGGGAGGCUUUGUGCUGUCUACGAAUGUUGAAAAUAAUGCAACCUGAUAUGCCAUGUAAGCCUUAAGUGGCUGUGUGCGCUUGUGUGUGUGUGUGUGUGUGUGGUUGAGGAACAGCAGUAAGAGGGGAAAGUUUUAUAUCGAACCUAUGUAUAAGGAAGAAGGGCGUGUGUUAGUGUGUGUGUGUGCGUGUGUGUGGGCGUGCAUAUUUGUAUUCUUUGGCUUCCUUGCUAUGGUGUGAGCACACAUUUAGUAACUUCCUCAUAUGCUUGAUCAUUCUGAGAGAGACGAGCACACACACACACACACACUCUCUCUCUCUCGCUCUUUCUCUGGGGCUGCUGAACAAACUAGGGAACCCGCCUCCUCACACACUUCUUCCACAAACAGUGGAAAGACAGACCGAAGGCGGAUUCCCCCAUCGAGGCAGAGAUAGCGCAGGACAAACCACCCCUCCCGCCUCCUCCUGCCUUCCUCACACACAAACACACACUCGCACAGAACACGUGGCCAACCACAGGAGGAGACACACACACACGGACAUGGAGCGCGAGCAGAACAAGGUGGAGCGUUUCCUCAAGCUGGGUUACUCCCGCUCGGACAUCGUGCGAGUCCUGCAGACGCUCGAGCGCGACGCGCAGACCAACGACAUCCUCCAGGAGCUGAUCAAGACGUGUCGCACUGACGGCGCUGGAGCACCGGGGGCGCCGGAGAGCAGCCCUCAGCUGGUCCCGCGAGGAUGUGGCUCGUCGGUGCAGCACAAACACGCCGACUCGAACCCCUUCAGGCCCGUGGUCAUAGACGGCAGCAACGUAGCUAUAAGCCACGGGAAUAAGACGGUGUUCUCGUGCCGGGGGAUCCAGCUGGCCGUGCAGUGGUUUUGGGACAGGGGGAUUCGCGACAUCACCGUGUUCGUGCCUAUGUGGAGGAAAGAACAGUCGAGACCGGAGGCUCCCAUCACAGACCAGCACAUACUGGACGAGCUGGAGAGCAGGAGCAUCCUGGUGUACACGCCCUCGCGCUGCGUCAACGGCAAGCGGGUGGUGUGUUACGACGACCGCUACAUCGUCAAGCUGGCCGUCAGCUCGGACGGCAUCGUCGUGUCCAACGACAACUACCGCGACCUGCAGCAGGAGAAUCCCAAGUGGAGGAAGUUCAUCGAGGAGAGGCUGCUCAUGUACACGUUCGCCAACGAUAUAUUCAUGCCACCUGAUGAUCCACUUGGGAGAAACGGGCCCACCAUCGAGAACUUCCUCAGGAAGAAGCCUUUAAUAUCGGAGACCAAGCUCCAGCACUGUCCUUAUGGAAAGAAGUGCACCUACGGUGUGAAGUGUAAAUUCUACCACCCUGAACGCUCCAACCAACCGCAGCUCUCUGUGGCCGAUGAACUGAGGGCGAAGAGUCAGCCGUCUAGCGUGACGGAGGACUUUCCCCACCAGACGGCGGCCAUGCUGCCCUUGUUACACCACGACGAGCUGACUCGCGCUCUUUCCAGUCUCGAUCUCUACUCUUCCCCGCAUGAAACGCAAAGUCCCACCAACCGGCAGAGGUCCCUUCCUGCUUUGUACAAGAGCAUUAAAAGUGACCAGGCCUACGGCUCGCUGGAGGGCUCCAUGUCCCGCCUCUAUUUCAGUGACUCCGCCCUCCAGACCUCACUAGCCUACAGCAGUGGGUGUAUGACUGGAAGCAGUAGCGAUUACUUCCUGUCUGGCAGUUCUAGCCUGCAGCAGAGGCGAGCCCACAGUCCUGACGUGCCCUUGCGCUGCUACAGCCCUGACCUCCACACACACUCAGGCUGCCAACACACACACUCCGAUGUCGGGCUUGGUUACCCUCACCCGCUUUAUCCGAACCACGGAUAUCAACACCGCACCGCUUAUACAAACAGUAACGCACCUUUUAGCAACGAGGCUCUACGUUAUCCUCAGUCGACGUCCAAUCGACUCAGGGUACCGGACGUGACCUGGGGUCAAGGCCAACCUGAGGUCAUUAACAGGGACAAGCUGACGGACAUGAGGAGGGAUGUGAGGUCUCAGCUCAGCACGAUUUUCCCUCAGAGCAUCGUGGACCAGGUUAUGAGUUUAUACCCGCACACACUGGAUACAACAGAGCUGGUCAUGCAGAUCCAGAAAUACAGGAACAGUUCCUUGCUUUAAACCGCAAAAGCUGGUAAUUAAUCCACAAACGUGAGCCGCGGCAACCGUCACGCGCCAUCGGCGAUGAAUUACAGACAGUAACUGGUUUUGUAAGAUUUUUUUUUUUUUUUUUAUCCGGACGCUCAGUGAACUUCACAAUGCAAGAGCAGUGCCGUUACUGUUUGUUUUGUUGCCGUUUUUUUAAAUACUCACAAACUGUCGAACUUCAGUUUUUAAAUCACUGAAAUCUGAAGUCUUAAAAAGGUAGCGAGGGCGCAGAAUCGCAUCCUGGUCACGUUACAAUCUAGAGCUGUUGCGUAAAGGCGAGCUUUACCCCAAUGAUAAAGGAGACGCGAUCCUGACUUUUCUUUUGCGCUGGUGCUAAGACGUAAUGAAACGUCAUCUCGCUUCAGUCAUUUCACCUACGCGUACCCCUCAGGCUCAAACCGCAGCUGGCUCUCCUCCAGCGUCACCGCGCGGACUCGCCGGCGGACUUUCCGUGAUCGAGAGAAACACGGACGGACGGACGGACGAGACCCCGCGCGUAGCCGGACGCUCGCCGGACGGCCGUUUUCGGACCCGUGUCUGGUUUUUGUUUUACGGAAAUCUUUUUUCCGCACACUUUUCUGGCCCCAGGAUCCUCCUCGCGUGUUUGCUGACGGGAACGGUUCUGCAGUUCGGCACGUACCGGGUCAGUAAAUGAGCUCUUUCUGUGGAAGUAGGCGUCUCCUGGUCGCGAUUACGAUGAAGCAGAGCGAGACUAGGAUGAAGCGCUGUUACGUAGAUGCAUUGGCGUGGGCGCUCCGGCGCUGCAUGAAAGCAAACACUGCGCAGGACACUCCGUAAAGUUGAUUCGUGCGUAAAAAUAAAAUAAAGUAUUCUUUUUAAAAGCACCUGCCCUGUAUAGUAACGACAUAGAAAGAGAAAACAAGACUGUGUAUAUAUGUGUAUCUGUAUAUGUGUAUCUCCUGAUACUGUACAAGGACCAGAUGAAUGUAUUUGCCGGGACGACGCUCCGUCUUUAAAGCCGUCGGCACCCGGUUUGCUGUAAUUACGCAUUACUAGUUGCUUCUUGAAUGUGAACAUGACGACUGACCUUCUCUGAGAGUAAACGUGGUCUCACUCGACUCACGGCGACGAGCCGAGGAGAAGAACGUUGACGUGAACAGAAAUAAACCGGAGAACCGGAGUACAGCUUUGGUUUGGAUUUAGGUUUUUCCUGUGUGCUGCUUUGGCACAAAUGUAACCUUAAAUAAAUAAACAAACAAAACGAUAAGUCCGUCCUCAAGGAGGACGAGGAUCGUA